AUGCCCGGCUCCACCUCCUCCACCACUACCGCCUCCGCCGCCGCCGCCUCCACUGCCUCCACCUCCGCCGCCUCCACCUCCGCCGCUGCCUCCACCACCACCGCUGGCACCACCACCACCGUCUCCGCCGCUGCUGCCACCACCACCACCACCACCACCCCCGCCACUAGUCCCGCCGCCACCCCCACUCCCUCCGCCGCCACCGCCGCCACCGCCACCGCCCCCCCCAGCUCCACCCCGCGCCCUUGCCUCCCUUGCCCUUGCUGGAGCGACGUCUCCCACUAG